AUGUCUCCCAUCUAUCGCAUUCCGCCGGAACUCCUCAUAGACAUCUUCAUCUCGUGUUCUGAUGCCCCUUCUGACGACCUCGCACCGGUCGUCCUCGGCCAAGUAUGUCGUUACUGGAGGGACGUAACUUACCUCUCUCCCCGCAUCUGGCAGCGCAUAUAUCUCUACGAGAACCACCCAAUUGCGCUCUCGCACGACCAGGCACGAUGGUGGAUAUACAAGUCGGACCCGCUUCCCUUCGACAUCCGCGUCGAGGCACAGACGAUCGACAUGAUCCUGCCAUUGUUGUCCCCGGUCCUCUCGCAGAUGCAGCGCUUGCGGAGGUGCGCCAUCGCCGGAACACACGAGGAAGAGUUUGACUUCUCGAAGUACGACUUCGACCGCUCCCGAGACUGCCUCGUCGACGAGCUCACUAUCCACGUCAAGGGUAUCGCCGCCGUGGAUACCCUCGGCCUGAACGCAGACUCCGAUUCCACCGACGGCCGGCCUACCAACAUCUUCCGCGUGCACGGCCCCCCCGAUGAGCCACCGGAGCUUUCUAUGCACCUCUCCGUGCCCACAAUCCCGCUUGCGCGAUUCAUGAAGCCCAUCCCUAUCACCUCGCUAUGCAUCACCGAGAUCUCGCUGGAGGUCAUCACCGACGUCGUACGCAUGCUCGACUUCCUUCGGUGCAUGCCACUUCUCGAGACGCUUCACUUCUCGGGGUGGCCACAGGAGGCAGAGCCGAUACUCCCGGGACUCCUCCAUGCUGUGCGACUCCCAAACCUCCGGAUCCUGCUGCUUCGGAGCACCUGCUCCGUCCGCGCCCUCCUCUCGCACAUCGACGCGCCUGCGCUCGAGGAGCUCUACCUCGAGCACACGAACGUCGACUUCGAGCUCCGCACGGACCCGUACAUCACGCAGCAGGCGACGCCCGAGGAGGGCGAGAGCGACGACGAGGCACACGACUUCUCCCAGUCGCCCUACAGCGACCACGCGACGGGCAUGGGCCUGCGCGCGCUGCUCCGCCGGAGCCGCCCGCCGCUGCAGGUGCUGCACAUGGACUACGCGGACAUGCGCACGAAGGACUUCCGUUGGUGCUUCGACCGCCUCGACCGCCUGCGCGAGUUCCGCAUCGUCGGCUCGGACAUGUCCGACCGCGUCGUCGGCAUGCUCGCGCCCUUCCGCCGCCGGUGGCUCGCGUUUGGGCUUGCGAACCUCAAGGAGGCGGACGACCCGCGCGGCUCGUGGGCGGUGCGCCUGCCGAGCCUCACGAAACUCACGAUCUGGCACUGCCAGCGGGUCUCUGGGGAUGCGCUUGUGCAAGCGCUGCAGGAGCGUGUCAGAUUAACGGAUUGGGCGGCGGAGGAGGGGCGCGGGGAGACGAUGGAGAGCGUGGCUAUUGUAGGGUGCUCCGAGUUCCUCCAGCAGCACGGACAACAGCUCGAGGGCACUUUGGGCGAACGGCUACGAGCCGUUUGA